AUGAACGCGACCGAUACCGGAACGGUAGUGGCAACAGGCCAACUGGACGUAUCGUUUAGAGGACCGGAGUACACUCUCGACCAGCUGGGGAGUUACAACGCCGUCAUCGAGUUCAAUGUCACCUUCGACAACAUCUCCAACUAUAACCUCACCCUAGACACCGGUGAACCCUGGAACGAGUACAUCCAACUACUUCAAGACCGGGCCCUAUUAGUCGCUUUUCUGUUAAUAUUCUCCUUGACAACCGUUUUCGGGAACAUGCUCGUGAUAUUAGCUGUGGUGAGGGAAAGAUACUUGCACACGUCCACAAAUUAUUUCGUCACGUCACUCGCUGUAGCAGACUGCCUCGUAGGAUUAGUAGUGAUGCCGUUCUCCGCCUUGUACGAAGUUUUAGAGCACACCUGGUUCUUCGGAGUCGAUUGGUGCGAUGUCUGGCGCUCUCUCGACGUACUAUUCAGCACGGCUUCCAUUCUAAACUUGUGCGUGAUCUCACUGGAUCGUUACUGGGCCAUCACGGACCCAAUCACGUACCCGAUGAGAAUGAGCGGUAGAAAAGCCGCCUUCCUAAUUGCCGCUGUGUGGGUAUGUUCAGGGGCAAUAUCCUUCCCAGCGAUAGCGUGGUGGCGAGCGGUGAGGAUAGAAGAGGUGCCUGACUACAAGUGCCCUUUCACGGAUAACUUGGAGUACUUGAUAUUCUCCUCGACGAUCUCUUUUUAUUUGCCGUUAUUUGUGAUGGUGUUCACGUAUUACCGUAUAUAUCGCGCGGCUACGAUUCAGACGCGUUCCUUAAAAAUAGGUACUAAGCAAGUGAUGAGACCUAGUGGUGAGCUCGAGCUGACAUUGCGAAUACAUAGGGGUGGUACAAUGAGACAAAGGAGUGAUGCAUGUCACGGUGCGUGUACUCCUGAGGAGGCAGAUCAAGAACCUUUGACGGCUCUGCAAAAUAACGGACUGUCGCGUUCCUCGACGCGGUUGACCAAUGUGACUCAUACCAAGCAUUUGCCUAAGAACUUUUCGUUGUCGCGGAAGCUGGCUAAGUUUGCGAAGGAGAAAAAAGCGGCCAAAACUCUGGGUAUAGUGAUGGGAGUGUUCAUAGUGUGUUGGUUGCCGUUCUUCGUGGUAAACCUGCUGUCGGGCAUAUGCUCGGCUUGCAUAGCCCACGAGGAGAUCGUGAACGUUGUCGUCACCUGGCUGGGCUGGGUCAACUCUUCCAUGAACCCUGUCAUCUACGCGUGCUGGAGUAGAGAUUUCAGAAGAGUACAAUUUGCUUGCAUAGAGAUGCCUGCCAAGUUUAUUUUACCACAGUAG